AAUAGAGUUGCGGGGGGUCUCCGUCCAGAUAGAAAAGUCGGUGUGAUCACCGAAGCCAUCUUCGCCCUCUCUUCGACCAUGGCUGCGGCUUUCAUCCCUGAAUCGAGGAUUUCUGCCAUCGUCGGCAAGCUAGUCGACACCGCUUCCUCCUACGUCCAGCAGCACGAGGCGUCUGGCGGCAUGGCGGGCGAGGUCGCGGGGCUCCGGCAAGCCCUUUCGAAGAUCGAAUUAAUCCUGACCGCCCUCGAGGGCACGCCGAUCGCGGAUCGACACAAGGAGGUGGAAAGAUGGCUGUGGCGGCUCCGAGACGCCGUCGAAGGCGCCGACGACGUGCUCGACGAGCUAGACUACUACGAGCUGGAGAAGAAAAUACAAGCUCGAGAUCGCCUCCACGAGGUAAGAGUUCCUGUCUCUAGGCGCAAGAGAAAGUAUGUUGAUUUUGUUAACUGCAUCUUUUCCGACGACGCGCUGAAGAGCCUGAUGGAGGCUGUGAAGGAGCUGAACAAGGUUGCUGCUGGGAUGCAGCGCAUUACUCAAAUUGUUACCGACUCUUAUGGUGGUGGCUUUACUCUUCGCAAUCGGUAUGAUAUUAGGAAAGUGCGUGAGACUAGGUGGUGCUUUAUUGAAAAUGUAGUAUUAGGCCGGGACAAGGAGAGGGAUAGGAUAGUUGACUGGCUGACUAAACAAGUAGAUUAUCAGCCUAGCUCUUCCAAUAUUCCUACUUUUGCAAUUGUUGGUGAGAGUGGGGCAGGGAAAACCGCUCUCACUCAAUUCAUCCGCUGGGAUAAAAGAGUACGGGGAUACUUUGACAAGGUUAUGUGGGUAAGUGUUCUUGAAUCCUUUUCGGCAAGCGAGGUGAGAAACAAGAUCCUGGAAGAUGUGACGUCGCAGAGCACUAACGUACGGAGUUCGCAGAUGCUGAAAGAGAGGCUGAUCUCAAUGAGGUUUCUACUCAUAUUGGAUGAUGUUUCGACUAGUUUUGAAAAGGAAUGGAACGAAUUAAUUCCUCUUUUGAGUGGACAAACAGGGAGUAAAAUCUUGUUAACAACUGAAAACAAUUCAGUGGCAGAUAUUCUAAAAAGAGUGACUAAAGGUAGAACAGAAUCUUUACACCUGAAUGGCUUGGAAGAGAGUGACUAUAUGAUGCUUUUCAAUAAGCAUGCUUAUCCCUCUGUUGACCCUGAUGAACACGAGGACUUGCAAUUAAUUGGCAAGCAAAUAACAAGUAAGCUUAGGGGAAUGCCAUCGGCAGCAAGAGUUGUGGGCAGAGUGUUAAGCUCCCGCAUGGACUAUGGGUACUGGGAAAGAAUCCUGAAUUAUAUUAUGAAUCUAGAACAAAGUGAGGAUGGCUUAAAGGUGCUUUCUAAAUGGAGAUAUGACCAUUUACCCAUGCAUUUGCAAAUGUGCUUCAGGUAUUGUAGUCUGUUUCCACGAGGUUACAUGUUUGAGAAGGACAAGUUAAUUAGCAUGUGGAUGGCUUCUGGGUUGAUUCAGCAACCUAUGCAUGAAAAGAAAAGGCCAGAGGAUAUUGGAGCAGGCUAUCUAAAUAUCCUGAGUCAGAAAUCAUUCUUCAACUGCAAACCGAGAGGUCCUGAUGAAGUUUCUGUUUAUUACUAUGUUAAGCAUGAUCUGCUUUAUGAGCUAGCACAAAAUACUUCUUCAGGGGAAUGUUUGCGAAUUGAAGGUGUUGAUCAAAAAAAUAUUCCCAGCAUGCUUCGCCAUUUAACUCUUGAAAGUGCAACUGCUCUUGAGAUUAGAAUGAUCUCCCAUCUCAAGUACUUGCGUACCCUCAUCAUAAAUUCUACGGAGUUCUACAACCCGGAACCAGAUCAUUUAUAUGCACUUAAUGAGAUGCUGAAAGGAUUAAAAAGUUUGCGUUUGUUUAGCUUGAAUGUGUAUAUCUUGCAUAAGUUGCCUGAUCAAAUUGGUUCUUUAAUACAUCUCCGCUAUCUGUCUCUUCGGCAACGGUGCUCUAGCGAAAAUUUAUUACAUUUUUUUUCCUACCCAAUGUAUGGGCUGUCUUCAAGACGAGUUCUGGAUUGGUUUGCCCAGUCAGUGUGCAGGCUGUAUCACUUGGAAGUGAUGGAAACUUCAGCAUUUUCUGAGGUAAAUUUUGAUAAAACUGAAUUAGAUGGCUUGGGCAACCUAAUUAACAUGCGACACUUGCAUAUUCCUAGUGAUAUAAUGAUCAAGAUUCCUUGGAUUGGCAAACUAACUUCCCUUCAGGAGUUGAAUGAUUUCAAUGUCCGGGAGGAGAGUGGUUACAGAAUAACCGAACUGAAGGACCUUAAAGAACUUCGUCAACUAUAUGUUCGAAAUCUUCAGAAUGUGACAAGUCAAGAAGAGGCCAUAGAGGCCAAGUUGAAUGUGAAAAAAAAUCUCGAGUCAUUGACGUUGGAAUGGUCUGUAGGUCGAUCCACUGUUUCAGAGACCGAUGAGCUGUUCCUUGACAAUCUCCAGCCAAAUUGCAAUCUCAAAGAACUAAAGCUUGGUGGAUAUAAUGGUGUCAAGUUUCCAUAUUGGAUAGAAUCUAAAUUUCUCCCCAAUCUGCAAUCCAUUGUACUAUUCAACUGUCACAAAUUGGAAAAUCUCCCUCCGCUAGGGCAGUUAAAAUUUCUUCAUCUUCUUCAUCUAAAUUCUAUGCAAGCAGUAAAGACAGUAGGUCACUCAUUUUAUGGAAGUAAUGCUUGUGCCUUUCGAUUUCUUAGGGAGCUAAGAUUUGAGUGUAUGCCUGAGUGGGUCGAGUGGGUCGAGUGGGUUCAAGUAGAGGACAGACUCCUGUUUCCUCGACUUCAAAUUCUGGAAAUUAAAGAUUGUCCUAGAUUGAGAAGAUUGCCCACUUUGCCUCUUAGUUUAAGACAAUUGAGUAUUACUAAUGCUGGGUUGGAUGAUUUUCCCAGAAUAUAUCAGUUUGUAGGCACGAAAAAAGAUAUAUUGUUACGAGAUAGAUUUUUCCCAUAUAAACCAUUACUCUCUUCUCUCCACAUUGUUGAUUGUCCAAACCUCCCUCCUUUAGAGAUGACACAGCUACGACAACAGCGAGAAAUUCAGAAACGAAGCUUCCAAUCUCUUGAACUUCAAGAAAGAAUCUACAGCCGCACAAAAGGAACGUCCAUACUAGGUUUGACACCAAAGAUCAAAGACAACAUUGUGCCUUCAAAACUAGAAAGACUUGCUCUUGGGCGGUGUGAUCAAUUCGAUGUCUCACUAGGGUCAUUGUCAAGCCUGACCUCUCUUUCUCGAUUUAGAAUGGAUGGUUGUGUAAAUGUAUCAUCCCUUCCCUCAGCAGGAGUUUUUGAACGAUUGACAGUGCUGCACAGUUUGGAGAUUUUGAACUGCAAAAAUUUAGAAUCAUUGAGCGGUAUACAAGCCCUCAGAUCCCUUAGAUUCCUGUCAAUUUGCGGAUGUGGCAAGCUCACUGCAGAUUCAUCUUUGCAUCAACCUACGGUCAUUGAUGUCGACCAGGGGGACACAACGACAGGCUCCUCUUUAAAUCUUGAUGAGCUUGAAAUCGACCACCACCUGCUCUUGCUUGUGGAGCCAUUGAAAAGCCUUUGCUCCGCCAAAAGAUUAGUGGUCACCGAUGCUUCCUCAUUAGCGUGCUUACCUGAGAACUGGCUACUACGAAAUCGAACUGCACUCCAAGAUAUUACGAUGUAUGAUGCAGUUUGUCUUCACUCCCUGCCACCGAGCAUGGCAAGCUUCUGCAGCCUCCAUACUUUGAAGUUAUUUCAUGCUCCUCUGAUCGAGUCACUUCCCAACCUUCCCACCUCGCUGAGUACUCUAUGCAUCACAGACUGUCAUCCUCUGUUGAAAGCGAGGUGCCAAGAGGAUAUAGGCCUCGAUUGGUGCAAGAUUGCCAACAUCCCUCAUGUGAGCAUUCUGGAAAGAUUUCAUGCAGAUGACAGCUAAUGCAAGGGUGCUGGAGGAGCGGGAUAGUUGGUGGAGGAAACAGCAUUGGAGCUAGGGUCAAAGGAGGCGUGAAGGACGAGCUAGGGUCGAGGGGGCAUGAAGGACGGAGGAGGAGAGCUGCAGAUGAGCAAGAUUGGAGACGAAGACGAAAAAGAUGAGGGGCAAUUUAAUUAUUUUGUCAUCAGAGUUAACACUGUAUUUCUAUAAAUGUUUUUUAUUUUUUAAGGAGGUAAAGUAUAGAUUUUUGAAAGAUAGGAAAAUUGAAAAAGCGAGCAUUGAUGGAGAAUUUAUGUAAUUUAGCCUAUUUAAUAUAUAUUAAAUAUUUAUCAUUGUGAGUUGUGAA